AUGGUCCUAGUUACGCAGUUCACGACUGUGUUCCCAACGGAUUUCGUCCAAGUUACGAUCGCGCCGUUCGUAUCCUCGACGUCGACGCCGGCGUCAACAACGGCUAUCAGCACUCUAGCUAUUCUGAGCAGCGAUGUGCCAGACUCCACCGCCUCAAUCUCAUCGAUGAUUCUCUCCUCUCCGACGUUGCUACCCACCUCUUCAGUGACUGGCGUUCCGCUCGCACCAAGGCAGAAGUUUAACGAUACUUUCGCGUACGUUACUCUCGCUGCGCUCACCGCUCUUGUCGUCCUUCUUAUCGCAUUGGUUUCGUGUUUGAUCUAUCUGCGUUGUAAAGGCGAGUGUCUCCAUUGUCGUGAGUUGCAGCGGCAGCUCACCAAAUGGAAGUCUGGGGAGCUGAAGCGCAUCACACCGCUUAUGGUUAUGGAGCGUGAUGCACUAAAUAAGGCCGCUUCGUCAAACAACGCCUCAUCAGAUGUCGAUAUCGAGAUGGGCUUCUUCGGGCGUGAAAUGUCCCGUGCUCCAAGUUUGGAUAAGUUCGAGAGUAACAAGAAGCCGUCGCUCUUCCGAAAGGUUAAGGCCAAAUUCCCGCGUAAAGGCAAGUCACCAGCCCGGAACCCAGGUUCGCCGUCUACUGAUGGCAUCGAUCGUUUUUUCACUGUCAAUGAAGACGCACCCAUCGGUGAUACAGACCCUUCUCGUCGCACUACGCCUCUGCUCCCGCAGGCUGGCAAUGGUGCGAAUUAUCUGUAUGCAACUCGUUACUCUACAUACCCUGCUUUUUCAACGUACUCUAAAGCUGAAGAAAUUGGUCGUACUGACACCGAUAGGCUGCGUGUCUUCAGCGACGUCUCGACGCCGGACAUUGCCAACAUGCGCGGUCCUCUUCGCAAUGAGUCGGAUGAGCCAAAUCGUUACACCGCAUACGCACCAACUGAUCAUGACCCGUACGACACUGGCCAAAAGGAGCGAAACAUUGCAAUCGCAUUGGCUAGAUUAGAAUCUGCAGAGUACAAGGACGCCGAAUCCAUCCUGAAGCGCGCAUCUGCCACGGAUUCUGAAACGCGUCGCGCUUUGAGUAUUGUUAACUUGACGGACCAGCAAUUGAACAUCGCUCGUCAUCCUAGCAAGUAUACUGAGGCUGGUUUGCCCCUGAACCAGUCUCCAGAAUUUGACUUGCCCACGUGUCCUGAUUCGUACCAGGUUUUCGAUUGGCGUAAGGAAGGUGGUAUACCACCGGAGCCGAAGGACAUCCAGGAGGGCUUUUCCGAGUACCCGGACAAGGAGUUGACCAACAAGCGUAAGAGUAUGUAA